GGCGGCGGAGUGGAAUCUUUGCCCUGCAGUGCAAUCAUGAGUCUGGUACUUGACGAACUGUUUAUUUGCUGCCGUGGAUUGGGAAAUGAAAAGGCCACGGAGAGGAAGAAAGAGAUGGAUCGAUUCAGACGACUCAUCCGCUCCUCCGAAACCGCGGAGGAACUGGAUCGCGUGUCAGGAAACAGAGCGUCCAGACAAUCAAAACAGCUCACAUGGGACACUGUAUUUAGGUAUCUGCAGCGGUACCUCCAGAAAGAGACAGAGCUGUUGCAGUCGGGCAAGGCUAACGUGUCAGCCUCCACGCAGGCCAACCGCCACAAAAAGAUGCAGGAGCUGAGCAGCCUGGUCAAAUACUUCAUCCGCUGCGCAAACAAGCGAGGUCCGAGGCUAAAAUGCGGAGAUCUUCUCGCGCACAUCGUGGACGUACUGGGCGGUUCCUUCACCUCCAGUGCCUACGGGGAAGACUACAGCAGCAUUCUGCUGAAAGACGUCCUAUCCAUCCGCAAGUACUGGUGUGAGAUCACCCAGCAGCAGUGGCACAAGCUGCUGGAUUUGUAUUGCGGCCUCUUCAACGGCCUCUCCAGAGCCAUCAACCGCGUCCUCCUCAGCCGGAUCAUCCACGCCGUGGUCCAGGGCUGCUGUCUGCAGACCGACGGGCUGGCCCACACGCUCUUCAGCUUCUUCUCCAAAGCCCUGGGCAGUGCCAGGCAGGAGAAGCACCUGGCCGUGCUGGAGCACCUGGUCUCCGCCCUCAACGUGUUCCUCCGGGCGUCGGCCACCAACUGGCGGGCGCGGGCGUGUCGCCUCGGCGAGGAGCUCCUCCCCUCGCUGCUGUGCGUGUGGGCCCAGACCCGGCCCAGCCCCGCCCUCAAGGAGGAGAUCGUGCAGUUCUUCCACCUGCAGGUGCGCGUGCACCACCCCAAGGGGGCCAAGACGCAAGCCACAGGUGCCCAUGCGGAGGACUGGGCGAAGUGGCAGGGCCUCCUGUACAGCCUGUACGACGCGCUGGUGGGCGAGAUCGGCCAGAUCGGCAGCCGGGGGAAGUACGUCACCGGGUCGCGGCACAUCGCGGUGAAGGAGAACCUGAUCGAGCUGACCGCCGACAUCUGUCACCAGCUCUUUGGCAAUGGCAUGCAUGAGGUCACCGUGCCCCACCUGAAGGGGGCGCUGCAGGACAGCACCCAGGGGACCCCCAGCAAGCGCAGGCGCAUCGAGCUGGGGUGGGACGUGAUCCGGGACCACCUGCAGCCGAACCAGGACGACUUUGACAUCAUACCGUGGCUGCAGAUCACGUCGGUCCUGGCGUCGCGGUACCCGUCCACCCUGGGGGACUCGGAGCUGGCGCCCCUGCUGUCGGCACUGUGCCAGCUGCUGGCCGGGCAGCGGCGGGGCGAGCGGGGCCCGUACGUCCUGCGCUGCCUGCGGGACCUGGCGCGGUGCCAGGCCCGGCGCCCGCGCCCGCGCCCGGGCUCCUCCCAGGGGGCGGAGCUGGGCAAGCUGUGGGCGCGGCUGUGGGCCCUGACCGUGCGCGGCCUCGGCUCGCCCCACACCGAGGCCCUCAGCCUGGACCUCCUCUGCGCCCUCCUCCAGGGGGCGCUGGUGCCCGUCGGCAGGGAGUUCUGGAAGAUCUUCACCGGCUCUGCCUGCAAACCUUCCUGCGCCACGGUGAUGUGCCUGUCCCAGCUCCUGCUGAAAUGCGCCGUCCCGAAAUCUCUGGACCUGGCCUGUGACAGCCUGGGGGCGGGGCCAGAAGGGGGCGGGGCUCCCUGUCUGAAGGAGGCUAUCGUCAGCUGGCUACUGAUGAAUGAGCAAGGCGAGGAGAUGGAGGACAGCUCCAAACCCCAUCUCGUCCUCUGCAGACCCCAUGACAUGGAAUUUCCACAUCUCCUGGUUCCCAAAAUCCUCUUGUCGUUGAUGCUGAAGGACAGCAGGGCAGGCAUGCUGUUUCUCCAGGGCCAAUCAGCAGAGAGCACAUGGAGCCCGAACACCCCGGCCUCAGAAGGUGAGGAUUCUCUGUCCAAAAUCGAGAGCCUGUACCUGCAGUUCACCUUCGACGAAGAGCCCCCCGCCUCCGCGGCGGACCUGGGCGGGGCCGCGACGCGCCCGGAGGACGCUCAGUUCACCGCCGUCCCGGCGCUCCGGGAACGGGUCGAGCAGCACCUCCUCUCCGUCGCCGACCACCUCCUCAACUGCUACUCCCCUGAUUCUCAGGCCACGCCCCCAGAGUGCCUGGUCCGAGGCUGCUCCCUCCUCACCGGCGUUUUGGCGGGGUACCUGUGCACCGGUCUCCUCACUGAAGAAGAGUCUUUCAGGUCCCCGCUCUUCCAGAAGGCCAAGUCUUUGGCGCAGCUGAUCAGCGAGUUCGCCUCCAUGGCGAAGAGCAAGGCCGCGGAGACGGCGACCGUUUCCACGCUCAGGGACGUCACGCAGCUCUGCGGGGACUGCGUCGGCAGGGGGUCAAAGGACCCCGUGAGUGUUACCGCCUCCUCCCUCUUCCUCAAAGUCCUGCCGUCCAGGCUGCUGACCGAGCUCUCGGAAAUCUGCAAAGUGAUGCUGACGAACUCCUGCAAGCCAGGCGCCGCGGUUGCCGAGGACGACCAGAAGGAUGACGACUGGGAGGAGCCGCAGACGCAGGCCGAUCGCCAGGACGACCUCGACCUCUUCGACGACGGGGGCGAGGGGCACAGCGGCACGAACGCAGAGAAGUGGCAGAGCGCCGACGGCAGCGACGCCCAGUAUGGCACAGGGGUAAGGAGCACGCUCGCUCCGGAGCUCCUGACCAAUCAGGACGCGGCGUUCCUGACCGCGCUGGAGUUCCUGUGCCUGUGCGCUCGCUCGGAGUUCAUCCACGGCCUGUCCUUCCGGCCCGCCGAGGUCCGGAGGCGGCUGCUCCUGCUCCUCCACCAGAUCGACCGCGCUAACCCGCUGCACCUCCACACGUACCUGACUCUGUUGAAGGAGCUCCCUGCUGAAGACACGAUUCUAACGGCUGAAGAUUUUGACUCCCUCCUGGGCCCACUGGCGGAUCUGUGCUCCUUGUACCGGCAAGACCAGGAGAUCUGCACCGCCCUACUUCUGGGCCUGCUCCCCUGCAUCCGCUGUCUGGGCCGGGCCCAGAACCAGAACCAGGCCGAGGACAUGAGGGACGUGCAGGGGGCCUUGCUGAAGGUCGUCUCCGGCUUCUGCAUUCUUUCCAAGACGGGCAAGUGCACAGCGUCUGUGAGAGCAGGUCUGGUGAGGUGUUUGGUGACCCUUCUGGAGGCCGACCCCCGCUGCAAGUGGGCGGUCCUCGGGCUGAGGGAGGAGGAGCUCCCCGUGUCCGUCGUUCUGCCCUCCCACCUGGCCGACGCCCACCACCACGUCCGCAUGCUGGCCGCCAUGACGGUCGACAGGCUCUUCCUGGAGUGGACUCCGGACGGCUCGGAGAGGAAGAGGAUGCUUCCGCUGAAGCUGCAGCAGAAGGCCUUCGAGAACGUCUACCUGGAGGCUCAGAAUGGCAUGAGGGUCCAGAGAGGCGGCGUGCCGGAGGAGCGUCCGGACGAGGCGCGUAACCGGCGAGCGACGCUGCUGAAGAGCCUGGCCGUGGUGCUGUGCAGCAGCCCCGUGUGUGAGAAGCAGGCUCUGUUCGCCCUCUUCCAGGCCUACCAGGAGAACAAGAUCGACGAGAAGCUGGUCAAGAAGGUUCUGGAGAGCGUCUCGAGAGCGCUGAGCUACAGGAGCGGGGAGAGCUUUGUGAACUCUCACCUGCACUACCUGGUCACUGAGUGGCUGCGUCACUACAGCCUGGGGUCGUUUCCCUACGGGCUGCUCUACCACACCUCCCUCCACGAGUUCUACAGGUCCUCCUACCACGUCCUGGUCCCUCACCUGGUGUACCUGGACGACUUUGAGCAGGUGAGGGCCGUGGGGGCGGAGCUUGGGCAGGACUGGAAGCAGCUGCUGGCCGACUGCUUCCCCAAAAUCACCGUCAACAUCCUGCCGUACUUCGCCCCGCCCGGGCAGGACGGUCGCGCCGCCCAGCAGAGGGAGAAGGCCCACCGGGUCUACGACCUGCUCAAGGACAGCAGCUGCCUGGGCAAGGAGCAAAUCGACAGCCUGAUCAAGAGUAACCUGGCGGACAUCGUGGUGGAGCUGCUGAUGACGCUGUACGAAGGCGCGGGGCAGGAGGAGGGGGAGGAGUCUGGAGACCUGCGCAGGUUUAUAGGGGAACUGGAUCCAGCCCCGAACCCUCCUUACUUCAGUUCGUACGUGAUCAAAGCCACGCUGGACUACCUCAGCAAGUGCCACGGCAGCAGCGGCAGGUCUCUGGUCGCCAUCCUGUCUAAGACCCCGAUCUCCAUCCAGAAGAUCCUGCUGGCGGUCUGCCAGAAGGUGGCGGAGACGACCAACGCUUACGAGCGGCACCGCAUCCUGCUGGUGUACCGCCUGUUCGUGGGCCUGCUCCUCCGCGAGGUGAAGGAGGGGCUGGGCGGGGCCUGGGCCUUCGUCCUGAGAGACGUCGUCUACACGCUCAUCCACCACAUCAACGGCAGCCCGGCCCAGUUAGACGAAGUCACUACCCGGAGCCUCUCGCUGUGCCUGGACCUGCUGGAAUCCGUGUGCCGGACAGCUGUACUGUUCUGUGAGGAUGCUCUGGAGAGCCACCUGCAGGUCAUUGUUGGAACUCUCACCACACAGGUGACCGACCAGCCAGCCAUCUCAGAGCAGGUCCUCAGAUUGCUGCAGUUCUUGAUUAUGGAAAAUAAGGACAACGAGCACCUGAGGAGGGCCAUCCAGCUGCUGGAGCCCCUCCCAGAUCGCCCCGCCUUCCGACAGCUGCGAGAAGCACAGCACGCGCUCAAAUACAGCACAGGGGAAUUCACCCUCCGACAGGAGAUUGAGUACUUCCUGUCGGUGUCUUCCUGUGACUCCCUCCCCCUGGCCCGUCUGGAGGGGCUCAAGGACCUGAGGAGACUGCUGCGCACCCAGAGGGGCCAGAUCAGGAGCCUGCUCCAGGAGUGUCAGGCGGACCCUGCAGACAGUGUGCUGGUGAAGCUGGUCCUCAGCCUCCUGCAGCUCUGCAAGCUGGCUGUCAAUCACCCGGGAGGGGCGGAUAUCCUGGAGGCUGCUGGGAGCUGCCUGGGAGAGCUGGGGCCGCUGGACCUCGCCACCAUCGCAUUGCCCCAUGGGAAGGAUCGGGUUACUGCCCGCGCCUCCGACCUCUUUGUGGACAUCGAGCUGCGGUGGGCCUUCACCCUGUUUACAUACAUGAACAGCGCGCUCACCCACCACCGCAUCGAGGUGAGACAGGCAGCUGCUCAGUGUCUGAGGGACAUCCUGGCCACUCAGACCGGGCUCGAGUUUUGGGCGGCGUACAAAGACAGUAAGGACCCCAUGCUGGUCUACUUCUGCCCCUUCAGAUCAGCCAAGAAGAAGGCUGUGGAGGUGAGAGUGCCGGAGGCCAGCUCGGACUCCCGGGCGCAGCUGGAGAGCCCGGCUCUGUGGGACCCCCAGCAGGGGCAGCACAGCGACUGGCUGAGGAGACUGUGUCUGGCGCUGCUGGACAGUGGGGGGGUACAGAGCGAGGCUCUACUUCUGUCCCGACCCCUGUGCCAGGUGAAGACGGACUUCUGCCAGAAAGCCUUGCCCCUCUUCGUCCACGACGUCCUGCUGCGGGACACGGAUGGCUCCUGGAGGACCCUGCUGUCCAAUCGCAUCGGAGACUUCUUCACCUGCUGCGCCCGCAGCUCCUCCUCCUCCAGCCGCUCCACCACGCCCCUCCUCCCCGACUCUGGAGAGACAGAUUUUGCAAACCAGGGCCCAGUGGACAAGAUCUCCCUGCGCACAAUGCUGGCGGUCAUCGACUACCUGAGACACCAGCCGAGAUCGCCGCCCGGCAGUAGCUCCUCCCAGGGGACCGUCUGCGACGCUAACUUCUGGCUGGAGCUGAACUACCUGGAGGUGGCCCGGGCCGCCGAGACCUGCUCCGCCCACUUCACCGCGCUGCUCUACGCCGAGAUCCACGUGGACAGGCGCAAGUCCACCCUGGAGGACGGCCGCAGGUCUCAGUCCAGGACGUCCCGCAGGAUACUGUUUGAGGACGGCAGCCAGAACUUCGCCAUCACCGGGCUCACGGAGAACGGUGGGGAGGACACAGGCAUCAGCCUACAGGACCUGCUGAUUGAGGUGUACAGGAGCAUUGGAGAGCCAGACAGUCUGUAUGGGUGUGCGGGAGCCAAGAUGGCCAGUCCUCUGACCAGGAUCAGGACGUAUGAACAUGAGGCUCAGUGGGGGAAGGCCCUGGCGACCUAUGACCUUCACACCAGUCUCCCGGACGUCACACGACAAGUGGGGAUCGUGGAGGCCCUGCAGAAUUUCGGGUUGUGCGGCACCUUGGUGACGUACCUGCGGGGGCUGGAGAGCGAGGGGGCGGACUGGGGGGCGGAGCUUAGGGAGCUGCAGUUCCAGGCGGCCUGGAGGAACACACAGUGGGACUGCCACCUGUCCGACAGGAGUGAGAAAGCAGACCCAGGCUUUAACGAGUCGGUGUUCUACGCCCUGCAGGCUUUGAGGGAUAAAGAGUUCUCUGCGUUCAGCCAAACGCUGAGAAACACCAGGGUCUCUGAGGUGGAGGCUCUGUGCAGGGACAGUCUGGAGGCCGUCUCCUCUCUGUAUCCAGCUCUGUGUGACCUGCAGAGGAUCAGCGAGCUGGAGAGCGUGGGAGAACUCUGCUGCAGCGGGCUGACGGAGCUGGGCGUGGCGGAGGUGCUGGGGCGCUGGCGGCGGCACUCGGAGCUCCUGGCCGACAGCGACUUCGGCCUGCUGGAGCCGGUGCUGGCGCUCCGCACGGCGGCGCAGGAGACGCUGGUCCUGCGCGAGCGGGACGCCGGCCGGAGGGAGGGCCUCCGCGCCGCGCUCGCCUCCCACCUGCUGGAGCUCUGCAGGCUCGCCCGCGCCGCCGGGCGCACCCAGCUGGCGGAGAGGGCGGUGUUUCAGAUGAAGCAGCACGGCAGGCCCAGCGCUGGGACGGGCACAUCGCCAUGGCAACUGGAGGAGGCCCAGGUGUUCUGGGCCAAGCGGGAGCAGAGUCUAGCGCUGGGCAUCCUCAGGCAGAUGAUCGAGACGCUAAGCGACCAGGUGGACUUUAACCCUGCGCUGAGCCCCAUGUACGCAGAGUGCUUGCGGCUGUGUGGCAGCUGGCUGGCAGAGACCUGCUUGGAGAGCCCAGGUGUCAUUCUAGAGACGUACCUGGAAAAGGCGGUGGAGGUGAUCGAGGACCACCCCGGCGGGGAGGACGCCCGUCUGCUGGCCCAGAAGACGCAGGCCUACCUGUCCCUCGCCCGGUUCUCGGACGCGCAGUACCAGAGCAUGGAGAACUACAUGAAGUCGUCCGAGUUCGAGAACAAGCAGGCCCUGCUGGAGAAGGCCAAGGAGGAGGUGCACCUCAUGAAGGAGCACAACGUCAACACCAACAGGUACACGGUGAAGGUGGAGCGGGAGCUGGCGCUGGACGAGCGGGCGCUGGCGGGCUUGCGGGCGGACCGGCGGCGCUUCCUGCUGAAGGCGGUGCAGAACUACACGCUGUGCCUGGCGCUGGGCUCCGACCAGGACCUGUGGGUGUUCCGCCUGGCGGCCCUGUGGCUGGGCAACGCCGACGACGCCAGCGUCAACAAGGCGGUGGAGGAGGCCGUCGAGAAGAUCCCGUCCCACAAGUUCCUGCCCCUGAUGUACCAGCUGGCCGCACGCAUGGGCACCAAGGUGCCCCGCGGGACGGGCGAGGACCUGGGCUUCCACGACGUCCUCAACGAGCUUAUCUGCCGGGCAUCGCUGGACCACCCUCACCACACCCUCUUCAUCAUCCUGGCGCUGGUCAACGCGAACAAGGACGAGAACUUCGCCCGCACUCGACUGUCCAGGAGCACCCCCAGACAGCCCUCCCAGCUGGACAAGGAGCGUUCGGACGUGGCGCUCAGGAUCAUCAAUGAGAUCCGGAAGCAGAGAGGCCGGAUGGUGAGCGGUUUGGAGGCGCUCUGUAACGCCUACAUCACCCUGGCCUACCUGGACGCCAGCCGCCACAAGAACGAGAAGAAAGCCAUACCCAUUCCUUCUGACCAGCCUAUUAUGAAAAUUAAGGACCUGGAUGAUAUUGCGAUCCCCACAAUGGAGAUCAAGGUGGACCCCACUGGUCGGUACGAUGACCUGGUCACCAUCGAGUCUUUCAGGCCUCACUACCACCUGGCCGGGGGCCUCAACCUCCCCAAAAUCAUCGACUGCGUGGGCUCCGACGGCAAGGCCCGGCGGCAGCUGGUCAAGGGCCAGGACGACCUGCGGCAGGACGCGGUCAUGCAGCAGGUGUUCCAGAUGUGCUCCACGCUCCUGCAGCGCAACGCCGAGACCCGGAAGAGGAAGCUGAACAUCCGCCGCUACAAGGUGGUGCCCUUCUCCCAGCGCAGCGGGGUGCUGGAGUGGUGCUCCGGCACGGUGCCGCUCGGGGACUUCCUGGUGGACCCGCAGAAGGGCGCUCACCAUCGCUUCCGGCCCGCCGACUGGACCAGCCUCGCCUGCCGCAGGAAGAUGCACGAUGCGGUGAGGUCCGGCUCGGACACGGCUCAGGCCUUCAGCGAGGUGUGCCAGAACUUCCGGCCCGUGUUCCGCUACUUCUGCAUGGAGCGCUUCCUGGACCCCGCGGUGUGGAUGGAGAAAAGGCUGGCCUACACCCGCAGCGUCGCCACCUCCUCCAUCGUGGGCUACAUCGUCGGACUCGGGGACAGGCACAUCCAGAACAUUCUGAUCGACGAGCUGAGCGCCGAGCUCGUGCACAUCGACUUAGGUGUGGCAUUUGAACAGGGUAAGAUCCUCCCCACCCCUGAGACCGUACCCUUCAGGCUGUCCCGGGACAUCGUGGACGGGAUGGGUAUCAGCGGAGUGGAGGGUGUUUUCAGAAGAUGCUGUGAAAAAACCAUGGAGGUCAUGAGAAGCUCCCAGGAAGCCUUGCUGACCAUCGUGGAGGUGCUCCUGUACGACCCCCUGUUUGACUGGACCAUGAACCCGCUGAAGGCCUUUCACCUGCAGCAGCAGCACGAGGAGCAGACCGAGCUCAACGCCACGCUCAGCUCCACCCCGGGGGGGGACGUGCUGGACGCCCCCGGCAAGGCCAGCGACACGCAGAGCUUCAACAAGGUGGCGGAGCGGGUUCUGCUCCGCCUGCAGGAGAAGCUGAAGGGGGUGGAGGAGGGGGCGGUGCUCAGCGUGAGCGGCCAGGUCAACCUGCUCAUCCAGCAGGCCAUGGACCCCAAGAACCUCAGCCGCCUCUUCCCCGGCUGGCAGGCCUGGGUGUAGCAGCCGCUAGCACGGCGCCGCGCGGCUAACGCUAGCAUCUUCCAUAUACUUCCUGUUGCCGUUUCCUGUUGCUGCUUUGUUUUGUUUUUUUCUCCCUCGGUUCCGUUUGCUUUUUAAAAGAGCUGCAUCUCUUCUGAACAUCACUGUGCAACCUGUGGAAAGAUGGUUUUUUUUUUUUUUUUUUUUUAUAGAAACGGUCAGUGUAAUCCAUCUUUAAUCAGCCUGUAGGCCACGUACAUUUCAGUCGUACGGUUAGUAUUUUCAUAGUACACUUAAACGUGCCUUCUGUUUAAAAAAAAAAAAAAUACUUCCAGAAUCUUAAUUUCAUCUUGUUGGAAUCCUGACUCUCAGGAAAAAUUCAGGUUUUUUUUCUUCACACCCCUUCUCUGGUCUGGGAAGUCCUCUUGGUGCAGAUGCAUACAGAAAUUGUGCAUCUCAUUAUCAAAUCUGUAAAGAAAAAAUGCUGUUUCGUUCAUAAUAGGACUUUCCUCUCAACCUUCUGAACCCACAUGCAAAUAUGAAGAAAAUGAAGUAAGUAAUGCAGUAGAUAUCCAAAUAAAAACCAUCCCCAAAAUGCUGCAUCUAUAUUUAUCUGCCCAUUUGUAAUCUAUGAACGGUUUGUAUUGAAAUACUUGAAACUGUAAAUUUGAAAACCUUUAUGCAAGUACUGCAUUGAAGUGCACUUAGUGAAAACGUACUCAAAGCUCUAUACUGCGCAGUUUAUGCAACCAAGCUUAUGAAUGUGUUAUAUACGUUUAUUGUUUUCACAAAUAAACUUAUCAGUCUUUUAUAUGUAAGCAUUUGAUGUCUGACAGCCGUUUGAAUGAAUUCCUUAUGUAUCAUUUUAAAACAACUUGCCAAAAAGAUUGUAAAGACUUCUAAUAAAAUUUGUAAGGGAAA